AUGAUGAUUUUGCUCACCAUCAGAUUGCGAGACGAUAUCGGGGUUCUCGUUGGUGCAGGUCCGCUUCGUGGAGUUCGUGGUGUGGCGGUACCGGAAUCUGGUCGUUUGGCUGAGUACGUACCCGCUCGGUUCGUUGAAGCCGGUUGCGGUGUUUUUACGGGUGCUGCCGUUCACGGUGUGCGCACACCGCUAGAUGCUGUGGAACGUGCACUACUCUCAACAAAAGAGGAUGCAGCAACAGGACUGCCACAAAUCUCCCGUGAAAGUGUACUCGUAACACUACUGGUAAAUGACGAUAACAGAUCCUGUCAUGAAGAAUAG